AUGGUAGAAUUUAGCAACGCUGUGAUCACAAGCUUCAACUUCUUUGGAUUACUACUAUCAAUCAUCCCCAUUGCCAGCGCUACGUACAUUUUCAUUAAUGGCCCUGUAUGGUGUGACAAUGAAUCCCCGGUAGUGACCAUGGGGCUUGGAAUUUUCAUUCUGGUCAUGUCGGUGGUGGGGUUGAUAGGUGCAACCGCAAAAUGUAGGGUUUUGAUGUUGACUUAUCUAUGGAUGUUUUCUAUGGUGAUCAUUAUGGCCCUUUGUAUGACGACGAUCACUUUCGUGGUGACGAGCAAUAGCCCUGCUGAUGUAGUGAAGGCUAGCAGAGGGUAUGAACUCAAAGAAUUCAUGCCAUUGCUUAGAAAAUAUAUGGUGAAUGAUGAGAAAUGGGUUGAGGCCAAGAAAUGUAUGAUUCAACAACAGUUUUGUAAGAUUAGACUCCUCAGUGCUAAGGAUAAUGAAGUGGAAUAUACCAAGCAGAUUAUCUUCAAUGACAAAAUAAGAAGAGAUUGCUUAAUUGUGACUCAGUUCGGUUGUUGCAGGCCUCCACCCCAAUGUGGUUUCGAGUGGCGUCCGAAUGAAACAUUGUGGGUGGUGCCGAAAAAGGGUCUUGCUUCCAAGGACCAUGACUGCGUUGCAUGGAGCAACAACAUUGACAAGUUGUGCUAUGAGUGUGACACAUGCAAGGCUGGCCAUGUCGCAGCGCGUGUGAUUGAAUUUCAUGGUGAUUCCGGUUUUUGCAUUGGCUUCCCCAUCUUCCUCUUCUUCAUCAUCUUUGCCAUUGCUUACUGUGCCUUGACAAAUAGCAAUCAGAAGUGCAGAGGCUGUGUUUGA